AUGCACCCUCGCUCAUGCUUUGCUACACCGCCUGACCUCAAGCUGCUAGCUCAAGCCUUUCCUGACCUACGUCCUUUGUACGCUUGUCUCCUCAUAGAUGGAUCUUACCUCGAUUACAAUGAUCCAAAUGCCCUCAGAGCUGUGACUAGAUGCUACUUCAAGCAUUUCUUUGGCUUGACUGUGGCGAUUCCUGUCGACCGGCUUUGCCCAACGCUUGGCAAUCGUCUCAAUUAUGUGCUCUGGCUCGAAGACCUUGUCUCGGAAACGCGGCUUGACGAUAAACCGGUUGUAGGGCUCGACGUCGGCACUGGCGCAACUGCAGUCUAUCCUCUGCUUACCAUUGCUCAAAACAAGCAAUGGCGCAUGCUCGCAACAGAAAGUGACCAAAGAUCUUUCGAGGCUGCAAGAGACAAUCUCAAACAAAACAGCCUCUCAGAACGCAUCAUCCUGCUCAAGGCAGAUGUUGAUGCACCGAUUCUACUCCAGCACAAUGCAGUGAUAUCGCAGCCUCUGAAUUUUGUGAUGUGCAACCCACCAUUCUACACUGAUGAAGAAGAGAUUGCAACCUCAGCAAAGUUGAAGGGUGGAGCAAAGUCUGCGGCAUUCAUUGGAUCUCCGAGCGAAAUGAUUACCCCAGGCGGUGAAGUCGCAUUCACGUUGCGCUUGUUUGAGGAGAGCAAGGCUCUACAAAAGCGCAUUCAAUGGUACACGACCAUGCUUGGUAAACUCUCUAGCGUGGAGCAGCUUGUCGGGCAUUUACGAAGCGCUGGGAUCAACAACUACGUCUUGCACGAGCUCACCCAGGGCAAAACUCGACGCUGGGUUGUCGGAUGGUCUUUUGCGCCUCAAAGA